AUGGAAAGGUCCGAGACUGAACCAUUUCAAUCCAGCGGUACAGAAUGUAUCCCUGAUGAAAAUAAAUAUGAUUCUGAAGCCGAUGAUGCGGCUAUUCAACAAAACGAAUUAUUAACAAAAUCAGCCCUCCAAACCCAAUGUAAAGAUUCCGAAAAUUUUGAUAUAGAUGUAAUAGCUUUCUUUCAAACAUCUUGUAGUAAAAACCCAGACCAGAUAAAUAUUCCCGGAAAUAUGAAAUUACAAAAUAUUUAUCUGAAGGCAGGGCUGGCUAAUAGUUCAGAAAAUGUAUUGAAUUGGUGGAAGAGGCACGAGACUGUAUUUCCAAUCUUAUCUAAAAUGGGUAGAAAUUUCUUAGCCUUAGCUACAUCGACAUCAAUAAAGAGGAUUUUUCAAGAGCUUCUCUAA